CCAAGUUUGCUUUAUCAAAACCCAAACCCCUAUAAAGCAGACGAAGAAGAGUAAAGGUUUCCCAACCCCGCAUCUCUGCACCGCUCUCAAGAUGUCCGCGUUAGUGCGUGCGGUCAAGUACCACUACUCGUCGACCGAGUACCAUCGAACCGACAAGCAGAUCAAACGGGAGGAAUGGCUCAUUCCGGGCGUCCUUCGCUUCCGAAGGAUCUUCCUUAUGCCCGCUGCGGUCCUCAUUCAGGUUUGCUGUGGUAGUCUGUACGCCUGGUCCGGUUAUAAUCUGCCUAUCGAGCGCGCGAUCUACGGGCCUUCGCUCUCAGCAAAGGGCGUAGCUGUAGACCGUGGUCAAGCUAGUAACGUCUUCUUCGUUGCCGUCGCCGUUUUCGGUGUGACAUCUGCGCUACUGGGGCCUUGGUUGGAACGCAACGGACCUUUGAAGGGCGCGCUUCUCGGAUCAACUCUGUUCUUCGUUGGUCAACUUCUCGCAGCUCUUGGUGUUCACGUUCAAAGCCUUCCUCUCGUCUUCUUCGGAUACGGUUUCGUCGGUGGAGCCGGUCUUGGUAUCUCUUACAUCUCUCCCGUGUCUCCGCUCCAAAAAUGGUUCCCGGAUUUGCGCGGUCUGGCUUCCGGGCUUGCAGUUUGUGGCUUCGGUGCUGGUUCUAUCUUCAGCCCUUACACCCAGAAAGCUCUUAUCGGACCCACCUACGCCAACACCGGCGAGGAAAAUCUUGGUGUCCCCAAGACAUUUAUCAUCCUCGCCAGCUGCUACUUUGUGAUCAUGUCAGCCGCGUCGCUGGUCUUGCGUAUGCCGCCACCUGGGUACCAGCUUAACGGCAUCAACAUCGACACUGUAAAGGGCGCCGAACUUCACGAACCUAGGGACAACGGCAAAGCCGCCGAGUCUUCCAAGGAGGCAGAUAGCGUUGCCAUUACAGUGCAGCCAGCAAACCGAACCUCUGCCUUCGCUGUCAAUCUUGCGCAAGCGUUGAAAAGCAAGGAGUACAUCUUGAUGUACAUCAUGUUCUUCUGCGCGGAAAUCACUGGUCUUUUGAUCAUUGCCAAGAUUCAAUCUAUUGUACAGAACCAACUUAAGAAAGACCUGCAGACAGCUACGAAUAUCAACUCGGCCCUCGGCGGAUGCAACUUACUUGGACGUCUCGUUCUCCCUACGCUCUCCGACUACGUUGGACAGCGCAAGCCCUUCUUCGUGCUCUCCCUCACCAUGCAAACGCUGUUCCUUGCCCUCCUCCCCACCGCAAUCGGAGACGGCAACUACGGGCUCACAUUGACAUGCGCCUUCAUCAUUGCCUUCUUCUACGGCGGAGGGUUCGGACUUAUCCCCGCUUUCUUGGCGGACCAGUUCGGAAGCAAGAACGUGGGUGCCACUCACGGUGUCAUCCUCACGGCCUGGGCUCUCGCUGGUGUCGGUGGUGGUCUGGUCUUCAACCAGGUCUACAAGAACGAGGUUGCCAGACUCACACCGGAUUUGAUCCACGUCUACGAUCUGAACUUCCGGUGGAUUCUCGCGUUUACAUGUCUGGGCGUGUUGAUCUCUCUCGCGGUCCCCACCAACCUGCGCGAUCGCCGCCUUCCCAAGAAACACGGCGAGACGGCGCGGUUCCGUCUCCCCAAUGGACGGUUCUGCCGCCUGUUCGGUCUCAAGCCGGUCGUGUACACCAAGGCUGAGGAAGACGCUGAAUGGGAGGAGUUCUUGGCGAACUUGCCUGCGGCCAACCACCACGACUUGCCCCAAGAGAGCUCGCACACUUUGACUCACUGAACUGAAAGCAUUGGGACUCUCACUAUUACACAGUACAGUAUACCGGCGAGUUAGACUUCUAGCGCUGGCCGUGAUUUGUUUAACAUCUUCGAACCUUGAACUUUAGAAUUUGGCUUGUAUAAUAUCUGUGAUGCUUUUCCGACUACUGUAGGGCCUUUAUGAAUACAUAGUGCUGUCUUCUGCAGUUUGCUCAAUCAAAGUACACCUGAGUCGCUGUGCUGCAACUCGAGUACAGUACGCUGGGACCAAAGCGUGAUCAUGAGCAUCGGC